AUCUCCGUAAGCUUUUCUAUUUCCUAUUAUUGUCAUCUUCUCCUUCCAUUUUCUUGUUAUUGUUGCACACACAAACACAUCAAUGAGAAAAAUAACUCUGUGUUCACGCUUAUUCCCCCUCUACUCUUGCUGCAGACAAAGCCCGUCAUAACCAUGAUGACGGACAGUAAGGAGGCGAAGCUUGAUGCACGGGUAGAGGUAACAGUAUCUGAAGGCCCAGGUAAACAAAAACAGAGUAAGGAUCUUCCUGAACAGCCUGCUGUGGCAUCAGCAGUCUAUGGUGUUUCAAAAAGGGUCACAAAUACUUUAAGAAUUGUGUGCUGUAUCUGCGUGUUUCUGCGCGUCUUAAAAGGAAUAGUUCUGUCAAAAAUUACAAUUCUUUCAAUACUCACCCGCAUUUCUUUGAAAAACUAUCACUUCUUCUGUGGAGCACAAAAGAUACAUUUGUAUAGAUUUUUUUUCUUGCCAUUACAAUGAAUGAGGAUGGGAGUACAGUGGAUUUCAAGCUUAAAAAAGGAUGUAAAAACCACCACAAAAUGGUUCAUAGGACUUGUGCAAUGUAUUUCAGGACUUCAGCUAGAUUUGGACUAGAUCUGUUCAGACAUUGCUAAUUUCCUCAUUCUUACAAUGAGAGAUGGAUAGCAAAUUUUUUUAUCUUAAACUUUGAUUUGUUAGCUUUAGAAGUCUUGGAAACUAUUGCACAAGUCACAUGAACCACUUUUAUGGUGCUUAUGCACACUUUUUGUCCCCAGUCCUUAUUCAUGUAAUUGCAUGAAGCAGAGUGACCAUCACAUUCUCCAAAAUUUCUCCUUGUUGUUCCUGGGAUUCCAGAUUUGAAACGACAGGGGUGUGAGUAAAUGAUUUUCAUUUCUGUGUGAAUUAUUCCUUUAAAUAUGAUUUAAUCACAUGUUAUUGUUGCUGUCCAGGGUUUACACACCUUUUUGAGUGAACCUUGUGCCCUCAAACUUUAUAACCACAUUUAACUUAUUAACAUUAGUAUGUUUCACAUGUGACUUAUUUCAUUCUUUCUCGGUACAGCUGAAGUGUGGCAUGCUCUAUUUUAAGCUUGUUUCUUUAUGUUGUUACAGAUAUAUACCAAUGUUACGCAAUCAAGUACACUGCUGACAAAAGAAACAGUGCCAAUUAUUUUGUUGCUUAUGAGAAAUAUAUCAAUUAAUCAUGUACUAAUGCUGAAAUUUGGAGUGUGAGGGGAACAAGUAGGUUCAGGUGGGCAUUUCAUUUGCUGCGACAAAAACAAGUUAUUGGCUUUGAUGCACAAGUGAGAAGCUUUGUAUGACAAAAGUGUGCAGAGCAAGGUUGAGUAUUCUUAUGUUGUAAAGUGGGAAGGAUGUGUUUUUUAGCUUUUGUGAAGAAGUGCGAGGAACAGUCAGGUCUGAGUUGAUUUAUUUAGCUGUACCGACACACAUAGGAACAGAAAGGCCAUGUUUGAGUAUAGUGGUUGUAGUAUAGAGGAGUACAAGGGAGACACAUCAAGGGCUGUUUCUCUGGCUGAGUGGUGUCCACUCACAUCAUAUGCCUCAGUGAUUGAGGACGCCUGCAGCACUGCAUUGUGGGCUAGAGAAAUGGAGUAGCAGCUGGGAAGAGACUUGGACUUGGACGAGGCUUUAAGAGGGAAAUGAUCAGACAAAAUAUGAGAAAUCAUAAAGUAAUCCAGUCAUAUACGCUUGUAAAGCAGUAAACUCUGGAACAGUAAUAACUUCAGGAAUUUCGCACUAGAACAACAACAGAGGUUGUCACUGACGGCAGGUACCAAAUGCCUUACUUUCUUUGUUAUUGUGCUGUUGUGUUUUGAGCAGAAAUACAGAAAAUACAGUCUGGAGAUGGUUUUGCUCUUGGUUGGCUGAGUGCUUAUAGUGUGCUUUUAAUACCAUUCAGAAGGACCAAGAUGGGACCUGCAGGCUGUAAUUAACUAAAUUCACUAAGAUAAAUUGCGAACUUUCUAUUCAUCAAAGAUUCCUGAAAAAAUCUUAAGCAGCGCAACUGUUUUCACCAUUAAUAAGAAAAAUGGUUCCUUGAGAACCAAAUUACAGUAGGAUAUUAGAAUGCUUUCUGAAUCAUCAUGUGAUAAUUCAGCUUUGCCAUCACGGAAUAAAUUAUAUUUUAAAUAUCUAAAAGAGAAAACAGUUAUUUUAAGUUGCAAUAUUGCUGUUUUUGUGUAUCUUGGAUAAAAUAAAUGUUGCAUUAAAAAAUCUUACAGACCACAAACUAUUGUUAGAUAAUGUACUCUAUAUAGUAGUAUUGUAUAUAUUAAUUUGGCAUGUUUUAUGUGUAAUUUUUUCUGUAAACAGUGCUUUUUGAGCUACUCUUAUCUCCGUAGUGUUUAUGAUUCCUAAUGACUUUCUAGUCUCUGGAAGUGGAACUUCUCCUGAGCACUCGUUACAAACCAAAGGUCCCUCGCCUUAUCAUUGGUUAAACGUCAUUACAUGGGAACCGUAUGAUUCAGUCAUGCCAGAGACACUUUGCACCUGCAGACUUACACUGUAAUUGAGCGGCGACGGCAGGGCAAAAUCCAGCCAUUCCAGCAUCGACUUGGGAAGAAGAAAAGGAGGGAAGCAGAACGUGGGUUUGAGGGAUCUGAACUUAAACCUAGCUAUUCCACUGACAGAGUUUGCAAUGGGGUGGUCUCAGUUAUUAAGGAGAAUGAUCAGUAUCUAAGAGGACUCAGAGGAGACAUAUCCAGGACAGACAAUGUCCCAGGAGAACGUUUCAGACAAAGUUAGGAACAUUCAGAGGCAAAUUGGACAUAAUAUCAAAUUUGGUCAGAGACUUCCUUCACUUAGAAAGAGUGAGGGAGAUGAAGGUAGCUCAGAUGAAGAAGAGAUGCCACGAAGUCCACUGAGGGUUCCUGCUCAGGUGGAGAAUGAGCCACCGGAGACCGAAGCCAAGGAAAAUGCUGGCAGCCACGACACGGUCGAUCACAGAGCUCCAGUCAAAUCCCCACGCACUAAGCGCCCACCUCCCCCUGGCACAAUUGAGUCCAUCAAUCUAGAUGCUGUCCCUCAGUCUGUCCCACGCUUGGACAACACUGCUGCCAAACAUAAACUGUCUGUCAAACCGAAGAACCAGAGGGUGUCACGCAAACAUAGAAGAUUCACACAGGAGUUUCAGGAAGAGGAUUUCUCUGAAAUGCAAGAGCAAUCUGAAACACAAAAGGACGAAGAAGUCUUUGAUUUGCCAAAAGAGGACUAUAAAAUUAUCCAUUGGAGCAAAGAGGAUUAUGAACCCACUGAGAAAUCAACAAGGCGACGAUUUCAUGAGGAGGAGCUAGAACGCCUUGAGCUUCAGAGAAGGGAACAAGAGGUAGAGAGAAAGAUGGAGGAACAACAGAGGAGAAUUGAGGAGCAGAGGCUAGAAGAAGAAAAGCUGCGCAGACAGGAGGAGGAUAGGCUGCAAAAGGAGGAAGAGGAGAGGAUGCAACAAGAGGAAGAGGCAAGGAAAGAAAAGGAAGAGGAAGAAAGAAGGAGAGAAGAGGAAGAGCAAAGAUUAAAAAGCGAGGAAGAGCAAAAGAGGCAAGAGGAUGAAAGAAUGCGGAAAGAGGAGGAGGAAAGAAGAAGAGCAGAGGAGGAGAGAAGGCAGCAGGAACUUGAGGCAGAACAUCUUCGUCUGAAAGAGGAAAGAGAAAGGGAGCAGGAGGAGAGACUGAGAAAAGAGGAGGAGGAAGCAGAACAACGUAAGAUUCAAGAGUUAGAGGAGAAACGGCAGAGAGAGGAAGAGCAACGCCUCCGUGCGGAGGAAAGAAGCCGACAAGAGGAGGCUGAGAGAAAAAGACUAGAGGAAAACGAGGAAAGAAAGGGGCAACAGCAAGAGGAGAAAGCUGGAGCUACUGACCCAGAAUGGAAAAGAAAAGCAGAGGAACUGAGAUGGAGAGAGAUGGAGGAGAGACAGAGGCCCUUCACUUUCAAGGUCUCUUCAGGCGAGAAGCAGAUACUAUUCCAGAAGGUCAACCUCACUCCUGUUACUCUGUCAACUGGCCAACAGGGUGAAUCAACAGCUGAAACCAGCGAGGGAGCCAAAGCUUCUUCACCAGGAUGCACAGAUUCACCAACUCUAUCUUCAUCUCUUUAUGUCCCACAUACUGCAAUUCUUGUGACAGGAGCCCAACUUUGUGGAACUGCAGUCAAUCUCGAUCAGAUCAAGGACACAGCCUGCAAGUCCCUACUUGGCCUUUCGGAAGGCAAAAAGGCCAUGAGCACUCCUCCAACCAAAAGCAGGUCUUCACCAGAUCGUAAAUCUGGAAAAAACAAAUCCUUAUAUGAGUCUUCCUUAUCUGCAGACCAAUCAAAUGCUGCUGUCCUGGCAGAAUGGGCAAGUAUCCGAUCCAAAAUUUUUAAAGGUGCUGAGGAUGGAAAAUAUCCUGAAUACCUGGAUCAGAGUCGCAGGCCGAUUAGUGAGGAUCUAAAUACAGUGCCAUUCUCUCACAGCAACCUCAUGAAAACCAUGUCAGCCAGUGCUAAGUUUUCCAUCAUACCAGCCAGAGUGAAGUUUACUGAUUCCAACAGGCGCUCAGAGAGUUCUGGUCAGGAAGACAAAGAAGGUGUGACAAUAGAAUCACCAUCUAUGGAAAUUCCCUCUGUACAAAAAUCUGAAUUGCCCUCUUUAGGUACCAAGAUCCAGAGCAGGGGAAGCAAAGUUGUCCACAUUGCAGAUAGUGUUGAAGAAUGCAUGUUUGCCAAAGACCUCCCCUCCUUCCUUGUUCCCAGUCCACCACAUGGAUCUCCCAAAUCACAGAGGUCCGAGACUGGAUCCCCAAGUCAGGCAGAAUCAGAAGACUUGGAUCCAAAGGAUGAAAGGGAUCAGAAGGAUCAGAGUGGUGAUGAGCGGCCCUCACCUUUUGGAAUCAAGUUGAGAAGAACCAACUACUCUCUUCGCUUCCACAAUGAACAAUCUGCAGAGAAGAGGAAGAAAAGGUACAGUGCAGGAGACAGUUUUGAAGGUGUCCCAGUGCCCCUUACCUCCACUGACCAAGAUUCUGACACUUCUACAUUCUCUGAAACGUCUAGCCCUGUUUCUCCUCAACUAGAGAUUACUGGAUUUCAAACCACUACAGCACCCAGUAAAGAAUCUCAAAGUAAGUUUAGCAGAAAUACUCUCCCUUUGGCAUGCACUGAAGCCGACCACUUUGUCCCCAAGCCUCCAUUUUACCAAAAACCAGCUACCUCCCCCAAACCAUCUGAAGGUGCCACACCUCCACCCUCUCCUCUCCCUAAACCUGGUAGAAGGACUUCAGGGGAAAUGAUUUCACUAAGGACAGGGCAAGCAGAACAGAUAGAUGCUGAGCAGAGCAGUGAUCAAAAGGAAGAAGUUGCAGGAUCUGUACCAUCCCAGAAAAAUGGACAAGGAGAGGGGGAGCUUAAAGAAAAGAAGUCAUUUUUUCCAUCCAUCAGCAUCCCAUGGAGAGAAAAAACAGACCGUAGGACAGAACUAAUUAAAAAAGAAAAACCCUCUCUGCAGGCCAGGCACUCUCUGGACAGCUCACGGACACAAGAGAAAGAGACAGGACCACUUUGGAUCACUCUGGCACUGCAAAAACAGAAAGGCUUCAGAGAACAUCAGCAAACCCGAGAGGAAAGGAAGAGCCAGAGAGAAGCUAAGCUGGCUGAGAAACAGGCUAGGGACAGAGAUAGUGCUGGAAUGAUCAGUCCCACAGAAGAUAAGGGCAAUGGAAGUUCCAGACCUCUCAAGCCUCAAACAGCAGAUGAGAAUAAGAGACCAGACUCACUCCUGGCCCGUUUUGAACGACGUGACAACUUGAAAAAAGCAAAUACCUUGCCCAGCUCAGUCACAGUUGAAAUUACAGACUCUACACCAUCUCCGCCAGCAACAAAAGAUGUGACAAAGCGCUUCCCUCCUGGUGACACUACCCAGGUUUCUACCGAGCCUGCCUGGCUUGCCCUAGCAAAGCGUAAGGCCAAAGCCUGGAGCGACUGCCCACAGAUCAUCAAGUGAUCCAUUACUUCUGAGCAGUGAAAAAGCAAACAAGGCAUCUCCUUCAUCCACAUCACUUAGCCAUCACUGCACCCCAGCACACCUAUUCCUCUGAACAAAAAAGUCUAUAAUUAACUUUUGAGCAAUCAGGUAUUUACAAAUAUUUGGUAAUUUAGUGACUAAAUAUUGUACCAAUAUUCAGAUUCACUAAGGAUUUUAUCAAAUGAUCACUUAGACAAUGACAUCAAUCUGCCACUCUGGUUUUCAAUACACAGGAUUAUUGCAAUAGCAUGCAUUAAAAGCUUAUUUACUCAUUUUGUAUCACAGUCUAUCAAACAAGCCCUAGAAUCUUCAAAGAAGUUGCAGCCCUUCAUAUCUUCAAAGUUACCAGUGGUUAACAGUGUAUAUACACAAUGCAUGUCAAACUGUUGAUUCUAGAUAUCACUAAAACAAUAUCAUAGGUUCACAUUAAGUACAAAUGCAUCAUGUCAAAUAAAACAAGAAAGUAUGUUGUUGCUUUGGUGACAAUUCUGGGAAGAAAUUCAAGGGCUAAUAAUGACACAACCUUCACAAAUUUCACUCCUCGCUCCCACAAGCAUGUAAAUCAGAGAAACUGUUUUGUAAUUUUUCUAGUUUUCGUUUUCCAUGUAUGCACUCAAAUGAGUUGCCACUCACAGAGCUUGCCUAUGGACAGACAUUGUAACUUUUUUAUUUCUUAUUAUAUUUGAUAUGUUGGCAAAGUAAAAAGAUCUCCACUGUGUCCGUGACAACUGUGAGUACUGUUAUUUUAAAUAUUGCUAAAAAUCAUAAAUGACAAAUCAGCACUGUUUAUACAUGUAAUCAACUAACAGUGAAUUUUUCCUUCAAGUUUCCAUCAUAACAUAGUAUACAACGCACUUGAACUGUGCUGUCAAUUGAUGAAAAAUCGACUUCUUGCAGUGUCUAUACCCGCCAGUUUCUGUAGAAUUGGUUGACCUGGAACCGCCUGCUUGCUGUAACAUAAACAUUGCUAUCCUGGCAAAGCGUGUGCUAGCAUCUCUUUUACAGCUAAUAAGCAAAACUUGCAACACGGCUAAGUGAUGGGAGAUCAGUGUUUCAAAUCCAAUGUUCUGGGGAGAGAGAGUAAGAACAAGAGGUCUAGCCAAUGGAAAUAUCCUUUUUAAAAAAGAGGAGCAUUUCCAGUGAGUGAAUGAAUGGACUAUUGACGGACAUCACCUCUUGUCCUUGAAUAAGGCAGCUAACCCCAGAUUGCUUCGGGGGGUAUUGUCCUUGUCGGAGCAGUUGCUCUGAAAAAAGUGUCUGCUAAAUGAUGGAGGUUAUUAAAAACGAAACCUUGAUCUCUCAGCAGAGCCACUGACUCCACUAUCUAAUGUAACAUUGUAUGUAUGUAAUGUAUGUAUGUAAUAGAAGUGAAAUGAAGCAGACUGCAUUCCUUUGGAGAUCUCCUGAACUGCAGUCACGUCACUUUUUUCAUUGGUAGUGUGCAAUAGUGUCACGUAAACAGUGUUGUAUAAUGAUAUAAAACAAAAAGUUUGUUGAUAAUUACACUUUUUGUUCCACUUUAGUAAAAACCCAUGACAGAAAAAGUGAUGCAAUGUUAUGAAAUAUGUUGAAAAAAUUAAAGGAAGCUGUUUGAACUU